AUGGCGGACACGUCUCUCCCAGCAGCUACCGUGGAGUUUGUCGUGCGCUUACUCGACGAAGCAGCAGCAGCAGAUCGUGUCGUGUGUCUAUUAGGUAGUGCAGCGGAGCUCGGUGCCUGGGACGUCGCGAGAGCUGUGCCUCUGGAGCUCGUCGGGAAGCAGAAGAGCGAGAGCACGUGGCGUGCGUUUAUUACGUUUUCUGCUGCUACAAACACGCUCGAGUACAAGUACAUUAUAAAGCACAGACAGACGCUCGAGUUGGUGUCGUGGGAGGGGUUACCGGGCAACCGGACGGUCACGAUCGCCCAUGGCCCGAACGUCGCAUUACGAGCUAUUUCGAGUCAGAGUUCCACGUAUACGACGUCCCGAGCUCCAGUUCCAGGACCUCGUGGCGCGGAGCUGGGCAAUAAUGGCAGCACGAACGGGUUUCAAGAGUGGCGCUGCUGUCGGACAGAGAGAGAGACGAACCCGUGGUGGGAAGUGGACUUGGGAAAGCUGGUUGAUAUCUCGAGCGUCCACGUGUGGAACGCCAUGACGUACCAUGAACAAGCUAAACAUCCUCGCGGCCGUCCGCCGCUGACGUCCAAGUCGUCGCACGCGCCUCCGUUGUGGCUCUUUUUCUCCAAAGAGCCGCUAGGUCGUGGAGCUGAUUCAUUUGAGGACGCACAAGCGAAAGCCGCGGCGGAUCCGUCUUCUGUGCAUGCCAUUGAGAUGCAGAACUCGUUCGGUAGUCGAGCUCGAUCGCUGAAUUUUGCUGCUCGCGAUUCGCAUCGUGGUGAUAGUGUUAAUGGUGGUGAUUUUCAUGUUGAAGGAGCUGCAGAGCUUUCGCCUGUUGAAGCGCGCUACAUACGACUGCAAUGCGCUGGCGUCUCAUGCGCUCUGCAGUUUGCUGAGCUCCAAGUAUUCGCGCACACUGCUGAAAACGAUCACGACACGCCGCGACAUGGUGAUUUGUGUAUUAAAGUCGACGAUGGUUUCCACGGUGUUGCAACAGCAGUGGAAGAAGACUUGCGCGAGUAUAUAGAGAGUGGAUGGCUGGACCCCGCAGCCGAUGUGGCAGAGCUGAAAGUAUGGGUUGGUAGCUUCAACAAGCCAGCCAUUCAGUGGUUUGACGCUGGCCCGAAGCAUGAUCGUGCGGUGAUUGACAUGCGGCACGAAAAGCGUGUGAUGAAUGGCAAUCGAGCAACGCACGGCCCUCGGUCUCAGACGAAUCUGCUAGUCAAUGGCAAGUCAAGUGGCACAUGGGAGUCACUUCCCGUGGAGGUCAAAAGUGCAGCUCUGCUAGACAAAGAGUCAACGGAGCUGCGCAAGCUUUUUGACGAACACCAGCAAAAGGCUGGUGCCGACAUCUCAGCAUACCUGAACAAUGACCUUAGCGCAGCACCUCCGUCCGCAGAGUCUGCCGAUGCGUCGUGGCUAUCAAGACUAGCCUGUGUUCAAAUGGUCGAGACAUCAGAUAUGAAGGCUUUGUCGGAUAAGGUCGCCACGCAGAAGUACGUGAAAGGCGAAAGCAUCCUACAUUACGCCGAACAAAAGCGUGCUGUUUUCUACGUGCGAUCAGGUGACGUAGAGUUACUGGGACCGAAAUCAUCUACGGGUACGAUUCUCCUUGGAACGCUUGCAAAGGGCUCCGUGUUCAACGAGAUGGGGAUUUUUAGUGUUUGGUCCCGACAACCAGUCUUGUUCAGAGCAAAGGAUGACGUCGUUUGCGAGGUACUGGACCUCGAGACGCUCCUCACCGUCCUGGGAGUCAGCAAAGUCACUUCCAUUCGCAACGGUUACGCACGCAGUAGACGCAAAGCGGCGUUGUUGUCGGAAGACAGAACGGCGCAUUACACGGAUGCCACCCACGCCCAAGUAUUCUGCAUCAAAGUGCCUGUGGAUGUCGUUGACGGGAGCAAAAAUCAUACGGACGGGCUCCUUCAUCGCUGGACACUGGAUGUUUACGAUUGUCAGGAGGAUGCACAGUUGGGAUCUUUCACUAGAUCGAAGCUCUUGGGAUCAGCUUUUCUUCUUCCAUCGCAGAUCAAGAAACAGGAGGACUCGGACCUAACGGUUCCGAUCUUUUCCACGAAUAUGGACGUCAUUGGUCAGCUCACAUUGGCGUACUUAGUUCUGACCCCUUUCGCCCACCCCAAGAACAACAUCGCGAAUGUUUGGCGCUCGUAUUGGCGCGAGCGACCUCCUCUUACGAUCGGACAUCGAGGCAUGGGACGGUCACACUACCAGGUCGAUGGAUACCGCCUCGCGUUGACUCGUGAAAACACACUGGCUUCGUUCAUUUUGGCUGGUCGGAGCGGUGCCGAUUUCGUAGAGUUUGACGUGCAACUGACCAAAGACAAGGUGCCCGUAAUUUACCACGAUUUCAUGGUGAACGUUGGUCUGGAAGACAAGAGCGCUGGGUCGUUUGGUACGAAAUCCGAGAUGUACGAGAUCGGCAUCCAUGACAUGACCUUCCGUCAGCUGACACAUGCCCAUACGUCCCCUGUGCCGCACAAGAGGAGCAAGAGCCAGACGCUGCAAAGUCGUUUGAAAAAGCACUGGGCACGCCUACAAAAAGAGAAGCAACUACUUUCUCCGAGACACGGACCUUUCACGGGGCACGACACCAUGGCUACCGAAGAAGGCCAUCUAGUGGAAUUCUUCCCUCGGCUCGAGGAUUUGCUCAAGCAUGUUCCUGCCGAAGUCGGUCUGAACAUCGAAGUCAAGUACCCGGACAGCUUUUUCCAUGCAGCGAUGCGAAGCUUGAGCAGCUUCACCAUCAACGCCUAUGUUGACACGAUCUUGAAGUGUGUGUUUGACCACGCUGGUUCGCGUCGCAUAUUUUUUUCGUGCUUUGACCCGAGUAUCUGCGUGGCCCUGCGUGUGAAGCAAACAAAGUACCCCGUGCUGUUUCUGACGUAUGGGUUCAUGGCACCACACACGAUGGAUGCGCGCAUGACACUUCAGUUCGCGACGAAUUUCGCCAAGAUGGAAGAGUUGCAAGGUAUCGUGUCUAACUCGGACGCGAUCAUUGAGACGCCGGAGCUUGCACCGCUCGUGAAGAAAUACCUCGGCACGGUGCUCAUGACAUGGGGUGACCAGAACACAAACCACGAGAUGGUGCAGCUACAGAAGCGUUACGCAGUGGACGGCGUCAUCAGCGACAACGUCAUCGACCUCAUUAACCAGGACAAGAAACUACAGGCGCUUGACAAGUAG